UAACAGGAGCUUUUUUGUCUUUCUCGACCCACCGCAACAUCCAGAGUUUACCAUCAUCCAUUUUCUCUCUCUCUCUUCUCAAACCUUACUUCCUCUCUAAUGGCGUCUCUUCACUCCAUGGUCGUCGCUCCUCCAAUCGAACCUUUCACCAUUCCCAGGACUCCAUUCAAAACUUCCCUUUCUUCUCCUUCUCUUUUACUUUCUUCAACUUCCAAUUUCAAAAACCCCAAUCUCUGUUGCCUCUCUUCUCCAACUAGACUCGCUCAUUCCGUUAAGGUUAAGGCUCAAGAAUCUGAAGUCAGUGUUGCUGUGGACGCCUUUACUCAAUUCAAACAUUUGCUUCUGCCUAUCACUGAUAGAAAUCCAUAUCUCUCAGAGGGAACAAGACAGGCUGCUGCAACUACUGCUGCUUUGGCAAAAAAGUAUGGAGCAGACAUAACAGUUGUAGUUAUUGAUGACAAGUCGAAAGAGUCGCAUCCUGAGCAUGAAACACAGUUGGGCAGCAUUCGCUGGCAUUUAUCUGAAGGUGGGUUUCAGGAAUUUAAAUUGCUAGAGAAACUCGGCGAAGGAAGUAAACCUACAGCCAUAAUUGGGGAAGUUGCUGAUGAUCUGAAUUUAGAUUUGGUUGUUUUAAGCAUGGAAGCAAUACAUUCCAAGCAUGUUGAUGCAAAUCUCCUGGCAGAGUUUAUUCCCUGCCCUGUCUUACUAUUGCCCUUGUAAGGUAGCUGAAUUUGACGACCCUUCUCAAAGUGCCUCUGGUAAUCUCGUUUUAUCGAUCUGAUUUGUCUGUUGUUUCCUUCUUUUGGUUUGGGUUUUUCUUUUGGUAUCACUUUGAAUUAAGAAUAUUGAGUUGAAGUUUAUUGUUGUACAGAAACCUGUGUUCUUCUCAGCAAGUUGAUUAUUCUAUGGUACUUAACACAUUAUUCCAUCCCAAA